UGUCGACUUUUUGUCUUGUCCAUUCUGUGUCUGUCCCGCCCGCCUCAAUAACUGCUACCACCCCCCAAUUCCCGUCUCUUCUCCAAGUCUCGCCUGCUUUGGUUGACCCGGCCCCAGCCAAACCAGUACCGUACGUUGAACAUCUUUCUUGUCUUUUCUUAUUCUUAGUAGUUACCCCAUCUUUCAGCCCUCGCUGCCCUCCCCGACUAGGGUUGGGUUUCUUUUGCCUUUGCUUCAAACCAUGGACGGCCAGCUCUCCCUCCUCUCGCCCACCUCGUCCUCCUCCACUUCGCAUCGCAAAAGACUCACAAAGAAGCAACGCCCGCCAUCCACAAAUCACCGCACUAGCUCCUCUUUCAAUGUCGAAUCGCUCCGUAUUGACGCCCAAUCUCUAGACAGCAAACGGAGCUCCUCCAGCCUGCGCCGGGGCCCCAGCAGCAGCCAAAACCCUUCUCUGGCCAGGACCGUAUCCGUCCCCGUCUCCGUCCCUUCAAACGCGCCCGCCAACGCCAAAGCCAGCAACCUCUCUUUGCCACGCUCCCACACCACUCGCUCUCAAUCCGCAAAUUGCCCUUACAAUCCGACGCAGACAAUACCAACCAACGGCUUUAUCCUCUCGCCUACCUCGUCGUCGCAACCCCAAUAUCAAUCGCAGCAUUAUCCCAGCGCUGCCGCCAACACCACCGUUACUAGCUCCAGGAACAAGGACACAUCCAAGCAGUACGACCCACUAGACUCCUGCAUUGGAUCGUUCGAUCAAAACAAAUCAUCCACGGAUGAACUGAUUGGCGCUCCAUUCGACGGCAAAGCCAUUCUCAAUCGAAUCGAGGCGACAAAAUUAUCAGCCGCGCCCGCGCCCACGACCACGACCACGAUUGCGCACUUCAACAACAUCUCUCCUCGUCGUAUCGCACCCCCUCCUCCCCCGCUCCCUCUAUCGCGCUCAAACACAGACUCCAAGGCUGUGAGAUCUUCAAAACCGUCAAAGUCGCCCAAAUCCACCACAUCAAACAAGACCAUGGGCGCGUCUUCAUUCCGCCACUCGGCGAGUUUCUCGUCGGCUGAACAACUUCCGCCAAGCGAAAAGCCGUCCAAGUCAGAGAGCAGUUCUUCGAGUAACAAGAGACACUCCGGUGAUGGUAAAGAAUCCAGGGUUCCCGGCAUGCUAAGGAAGAAGUCGGGCUUCUCCGGCUUCAUGAACAGCUUAGUCGGGUCUCCGAAAAAGCCGUUGAUUUCGGCACCAGAGAAUCCCGUUCACGUAACACAUGUCGGCUAUGAUAGCAAUACUGGUCAAUUUACGGGCUUGCCGAAAGAGUGGCAGCGUUUGAUAAGCGAGAGUGGAAUCACCGAGAAGGACAGAAGAGAACACCCACAAAUACUGGUUGAUGUCCUCACAUUCUACAAGGAGACGACGGAGAAGCCACAAGAAGACCAACAGCUAGAGAAGUUCCAUGAUGCACGAGCGACCGAUUUCCGCAGCCCGCCAGUGACCGGCACCACUCCGCUCGUACUGCAAACAGGCGGUGGCUACACUCAUGGUCCCAUGUCGCCAAUGAUCAGUCCACCCGCUAGUCCUAGGUUUCCCCAGGUUGGUCAUGAAGGCAGCUUUGAGAAUCCCCGUGCGCCGCCGCCGGUACCCAAGGGCCCGGGUCCCCUUCCAGCAAAGGAUAUCAACCUGAUCCCCAGCCGACCGGCACCGAAGCCACCAGCAAACAUAUCCACGCGACCGCUCGUGCCGCCAACCUCAUACCCAGCCAAGGAUUCGGGAAUUGGCAUGCCACCGCCAGGUGAUGAGCCCCCGAUGCCGUACCUCCCGCCCAAGGAUAAUGUACAGCAUAUGUACCAGGAGGAGCACAGGAACAGGUCCAGAUCGAAUUCCCGGACAAACGGCGCUGCUCCAUUUUCUCCUGUGCAGGCCUCCUCCCCACUUCUCCCGAUCGCCGCGGCGAACCAGACCGCGGCUUACCAGCAGCAAUUGUUGCAACACCAGCAAGAACAGGCCAUGGCCCAAGCCCAAGCAGCAAUGAGUGGUCAACUGAGCCGAGCUGCGAGCAAGAGACAACAACCCACCCCGCCCACCUCACAACACCAACACCCCCGGCAACCAGACGUCAACGGAGCUCCUCGUAUGCCACAAGCUCAAGCCGCAGUUCCCCAAGCUAGCGCAAGACCUCGUCACAGACCACGGCAAAGCAACGCGAUUGAUGUUGUGGCUUCCCUUAAGAGGAUAUGCUCCGACGGUGACCCGAGGGAGAUCUACCGCGGGUUUACCAAAAUUGGUCAGGGUGCCUCUGGUGGUGUAUACACUGGCCAUGAACGGGGAAGCAAUAGAUUGGUGGCUAUCAAGCAGAUGAACCUUGAGCAGCAGCCAAAGAAGGAUCUCAUUAUCAACGAGAUCCUGGUCAUGAAGGAGAGCUCACACCCCAACAUCGUCAACUUUAUUGACAGUUACCUGUGUGCCGGAGAAUUGUGGGUGGUGAUGGAAUACAUGGAGGGCGGUAGCUUGACGGAUGUUGUCACGUUCAACAUCAUGACUGAAGGACAAAUUGCGUCAGUUUGCCGUGAAACUCUCAGGGGCCUUCAACAUCUGCACUCCAAGGGUGUCAUCCACAGAGAUAUCAAGUCAGACAACAUCCUUCUUAGUAUGGAGGGCAAUAUCAAGCUCACCGAUUUUGGAUUCUGUGCUACAAUCAACGAAGCUCAAAGUAAGCGCACGACAAUGGUCGGCACGCCUUAUUGGAUGGCGCCCGAGGUUGUGACACGCAAAGAGUACGGCCGCAAGGUGGAUAUCUGGUCACUGGGCAUUAUGGCCAUCGAGAUGAUUGAAGGAGAACCUCCCUAUCUGACCGAGUCGCCUCUUCGAGCACUUUGGCUCAUUGCGACCAACGGCACGCCACACAUCAAGGAUGAGCAGUCGCUCUCGCCAGUGUUCCGCGACUUCCUCUACUUUGCCCUCAAGGUAGACCCGGAGAAGAGGGCCAGCGCUCAUGAUCUGCUAAGACACGACUUCAUGAACAAGUGCGUCGACCUAUCAACACUGGCGCCCCUAGUCCGAGCAGCGAGGGAAGCCCGAGCCCAAGAAAAGGCCCGUAAAGGCCAGUAGUGUGUGAUCCUUCUAGGCGUUUUGUGCUGUUCACGCGCGCACGAGAGAUAUUCCCCUGGAGCGUUAUUGUUUCGCAUCCCGCUUUUGUUCUUUACUUUUUGGUUCUGAAGCAAUUCUCUCCUACAGAAGA